UCCAUGCGCGCAAAUCUCGGGCCAGUCGAUAACGAACGACCAAUGUGUGCGGCGAAACCUUUAGACUCAAGUGUAAUUAUCGUUCUUUGGCGCAGCGACGACCAGCCGGACCAAGUCGUCAUUAUUGGACCAUCAAGCGAAAGGAAAAACCGAACAAGUGAAAGUUAAUGGGUUAAUGAUUUUUCAAUUGCGUAUUAUACCGGCCAUUGGUGAACAAUCAAGAAAAUGUUACAGCCGUAAGAAUUAUUACGGGAACAAAAAAGGAAAUUAUCAUUAGCACAUUGAAAAACGUUAUGGAAAAUUGUUCAAAACUAAAAUAGCAAAAAGCGGAAAAUGAUUUGAUUGAUUUGAAGCUUUUCCUCCAGUAAGCAAAAUUGUUGUUGCUUUUCAAUUAUUCAAAUUAACCUGAAAAUUUUCGUCGUUGGAGUGCUGGUGUGAUUGAGAUAAAAAGUUUCGGUCAAGAAAUCGCCGUUGUAACACUAUCGGAGCCGCAAUGUUAGGUCGAAUGUGGUUUCUCACACUGCUGGCGGCAAACUUUGGCCUCCACUUGGCUGCAACAGCUGACCAACGACGGAACACGGCCGAUAUCGAACUGGAUGAUGAAAAUGACGCCAUCACGAUGACAGCAUGCUAUGUGGAAGAUUUGCGCAACAUUCGGGAGAAUAAUCCAAAUCCUUCAACGAUCAUCAUAAAUCACUGUUAUCUGCAAGAGCUUCCGAAUGCCAUCUUCAUUCGUUUCGCAGAUCUUCACACUCUGGAGAUUUGCGACAGCCGUCUUAGCAAUCUGCAUGACUUUGCUCUCAAUGGCCUCCGGAACCUAGAGGUGCUCAAUUUAUCUAGAAACAAUCUGACAUCCAUAAAGUCUUGGAGUGAAUACGAUCUCGAACACCUUCAAACACUAGAUCUACGGAAGAAUCUUCUGAAAGGUAUCAAUGCCCAAUCUUUCUACCGGUAUCCCAACCUAAGCAAACUAAACCUCGCCGGUAACCUGAUCCACACCAUACCGGAAGGAACCUUUAAAGUCACUCCUAAUCUCAAGUUCCUAAACCUUGGUCGAAACCUACUAACAUCCAUCGAGGAGCACACCCUGAAAGGCCUCAGCAAACUGACCCACGUGUCCUUCCAUCACAACCUUAUCACGUUCGUCGACUAUUUUGCUUUCAUCGGAAACAGUCACCUGAAAACGCUCCAGCUGCAGGAAAAUCAAAUCAGCGUCUUCGAAGCGGAUCUCCUGUCAAAUCUGCCCCGACUGAUGAUGUUCAACAUCAGCUGCAACCAGCUGGAGGACGUCGCUGACCAAACCUUCAGGAAGAAUGCCGAUCUGCGCGUGUUGGAUCUGAGCUACAAUCGCAUCGAGAACUUUCGCGAAGAUAGCUUCAAGGGGUUGGUUAGCUUGGAGGUGUUCAACGCCAGCCACAACCACAUCACACAAUUGAACAAAUACAUAUUCAAAGACUACUCAUUGGUUCGCAUUUUGGACCUAUCAGCAAACCGGCUGGCCUACAUUGAUAACAAGCUGUUCGAGUACAGCUCACGGCUGGAGGUACUAAACCUGUCGGGCAAUGCCCUUUCCGACAUCGAAGCUAACAUUUUCGAAGACUCCAAGAGGUUGCGCACGCUGGACUUGUCGCACAAUCAAUUGUCACUGGAUGCCUUCCUGUGGCCAGUUACUUAUCUGGACCAUUUGAACAUGAGUCACAACCUGUUUCAACAGUUGAAUGUGUCCACACUGCAGGGCUUGGGUCACGUUCGAUUGAAUGGAAACCCUUGGACUUGCCAGUUUUUGAUCUUGGAACUAAUGAAGCACAGUAAGAACGUUGAGUACGGAAAGAAUUACGCAGUGGUGUCUGCGGAUAGUAUUAUGAAUACACAAGGGAUCGAAUGUAUGGACGAGAGAGGCAAGCCUCGGGAUAUUAUUGUGGUCGAAAACUUCAUCCAACCAAAUUACAGUUCAACGGAAUAUCAACGAAUCCAGACGUUGCACCAGGAAAACGUGGAUACCCGGCCCAUACAGGACAACUUUGACACCAAAUCAACCAUUCUGUGGCUGAUGUUCGGAGUAUUCAUCGUUUUCGGUGCAUUCAAACUAAUUCAGCUGAUAUUGCGGCACUCCGAGCAUCAGAGCGAGAAAUGGCGGCUGGCUCAGCACGUGAGUAUAAACAACCAGGGCGAGACGGUGCUGGUGCCGUCCACUACAUCUCCUAUGUCAGUCACCUCGCAAGGAUUCCUAUUUCCGCCAAGUCACCCGUCUGGCCAACGGCAAUAUACCCCAACGAUAAGUUAACGAAGCCAUCAUCUUCCGUCCAUCCUACACCUACUAACCAAGUGGAUGUUAAAUAGGACGUUAGUGGCUUUCGAUGUGUGCCGUAUCGUGCCAGAGUUUGAACGGGCUUCCUCGCUGUUUAAUAUUAAUGUUGUUUCGUAUGUUUCGAUUCUGUUAAUGUUAUUUAUUUAAAUUUAAGAUAAAACUUUA